AUGACAAAGUCAUCAUCAUCAGGAUCAUCAGGAGCACUUUCUGGAACUCUGGAUGUGUUUAAUGCGUUGGGUGGCAAUUUACAUAAUCUCAAAUCAUCACAAAUCACCAAAGUCAUUAAUAGUAAAUACAAUGGUGACCCAAUUCUUUUAAUUCGACAGUUAUCACUUGACUUGGCAAAAAAGGAAAGAGAUUUGAUUUUACAACGACAAGAAAGCUUUACACGGGAGCAAAAAUUGUAUAAACUUUGUAACGAGUUUGGAAACUUGUCAACCUUGGAAAUUGAUCAUAAGUUGAGUCAUGAGAGGCAUAAUCACGAGAAUAUUAAUAGUAGUAAAGUGGAUGAUAUACUAUCAAAUUUAAUCCUGCUGGCCAUAAAUGACAACAUAGAUACGGGGAAGAAACCUGGAGUUUCCAAAACUCCUUCUCCAGAAUCAGAAUCAUCAGAAUCGCAUCAAAAAGUACUAGGAGUUUCCUUGCUAAGGGGUAGCUCGCAAGAAUCCAUUAAACCUCCAACCAAGAAAAACUGGUUAAGAAGUCUUUUUAGUUCUAGCGAAGACUUGCCUCAAACUGGAUCUACAUUGGCAUCUGCUCCUAAACCGAACCAGAAGACUACGGUAGCUCCAGUGGAAUUGGUGAGUUUUGGUAGAACACCCUCGACAAUAUCUUUGAUUGAUAAUGAAGAUGCAAAUAUAGACAAGUAUGGAUUCUUCACUGAUAAAUCUAACGUUAGAAUUACUAGAUCCUCCACAAUCCUGCUUCCAACAACUCGACAACGUCGGCGUUCUAAUACAUCACCACCAGAUACCAAUAAUGCCAUUUUAAUAGGUAACAAUGGCAAGGCUCAGUAUAUUGAUAAGCUUAAGCAAAUUUCGAAAAUUCACGACAGCACCAACUUAAAGGUUGAACGAGAUUGGGAUAAUUUGAUGAAAGCUAUAAAUUUACAAAGUUAUAAAUUAGAUCCCAGUGCUUCAGAUGUUAUCGUUCAAUUAGGUACAUUCGGGAUUAACUUGAUUAAACUUGAUGGCAAUGAUGAUAUUUAUAACUGGUUCAUAAAUCUUACCCAUCAGUACGGGAUACCGCAGAAGUAUAGGCGAUUAUUAUGGAUGGAGCUUUCAGGAGCUAAUAAUAUUAAGAUUAACGGUGUCUAUCAAGAAUUAAAUGAUUCUCCCGUCACUUGCGAUGAGGUACAAUUAAACAUCAAUCAGAUCAAUCUUGAUCUACACCGGACCCUUCCAUUCAAUUAUUUCUUUAAUAAUUUGCUUGAACUUAAACCAGGACCAAACUUUUAUAAACUUCAACGGAUCCUUUAUGCAUUUGUCAAGCAUUGUCCCGAAAUAGGGUAUGUUCAAGGUAUGAAUAAAGUCGUGGGAACACUCCUUUUAAGUGUGCUUGAUGAAGAAGACAUAUUCUGGUUGUUGAUUGCAUUAUGUAAUGAGAUCCUUCCUAGAUACAACAAUCUUCUGUUUUUCAAUUCCAUAAGUUUAAUUCAUAAGGAUAAUGUGAUUUUAAAACAAGUUUACCUUGACAGAUUUAUUCCUAAAUUGAAUCAACAUUUGAUUAAGUUGGGCGGGCUAGAUAUCGAUUUUAUCACCAUGAACUGGUGGCUUACUUUAUUUAUAGAUUUGAAAUUCUUGGAUCUUGAUUCGUGGUUUAAGAUUUUUGACAAUUUGUUGAUCAUGGAAGUUCAAGAGGAUACCAAUGAUGAAAUGAAUGACGAUGAUAGAAGUUGUAAAUUUAUAAGUUUGACAUUGGCAAUUUUAAAGUGUUUGGAGCCAAGUUUGUUGGCUUUGCAUGAUAAGGAAUCGAUUUAUAUUUAUCUCAGUAGCGACAACAAUUAUCAUAAUGAUAUGAAAUACACCAAUGUUAAAUUCUCAGAUUUAACGAAACAUCAUUUGGCUAUAUCGAAAAAGAUAUCAUCCAAGGAGUUAAUACAAUUACGCCAUAAAAUAUGA